UCCACUAGUGUCGGCACUUCAUCUGAUCUUCUCACAAUGAAUGACAUCUACAAAGCGGCGGCAGAGCAACUCACUGAUGAGCAGAAAAAUGAGUUCCGUGCAGCAUUUGACAUUUUUGUUCAGGACGCUGAGGAUGGCUGUAUCAGCACCAAAGAGCUCGGUAAAGUGAUGAGGAUGUUGGGCCAGAACCCUACACCUGAAGAGCUCCAGGAGAUGAUCGACGAAGUAGAUGAAGAUGGAAGUGGUACGGUGGAUUUUGAGGAAUUUUUGGUCAUGAUGGUGAGAUGCAUGAAAGAUGACAGCAAAGGAAGGCCAGAGGAAGAACUGGCGGAACUCUUCCGUAUGUUUGACAAGAAUGCAGAUGGUUACAUUGACCUUGAUGAACUGAAGCUAAUGCUGGAAGCUACAGGUGAAGCCAUCACUGAAGAUGACAUUGAGGAACUGAUGAGAGACGGAGACAAAAACAAUGACGGAAAAAUUGAUUAUGAUGAGUUCUUGGAGUUCAUGAAGGGAGUGGAAUAGAUGAUGAAGAAAUGUCUUCCAGCUUAGUCCCUUUAUUAAUCUGGGGUCGCCACAGCGGAAUGAACCGCCAACUUAUCCAGCAUUUAUUUUACGCAGCGGAUGCCCUUCCAGCCACAACCCAUCACUGUGAAACACACAUACUCAUACACUACGGUCAAUUUUAGCAUACCCAGUUCACCUGUACCACAUGUCUUUGGACUUGUGGAGGAAACUGGAGCACCUAGAGCAGGAGUCACCAAUCUCGGUCCUGGAGGGCCGGUGUCCCUGCAGGGUUUAGCUCCAACUUGCCUUAACACACCUGGCUGGUUGUUUCAAGUAUACCUAGCAAGACCUUGAUUAGCUCGUUCAGGUGUGUUUGAUUAGGGUUGGAGCUAAAAUCUGCAGGACACCGGCCCUCCAGGAACAAGUUUGGUAACCCCUGACCUAGAGGAAACCCACACGAGCGUGGGGAGAACAUGCAAACUCCACACAAAAAGGCCAACUGACCCAGCCGAAGCUCGAACCAGUGAACCUCCUGCUGUGAGGCAAGCUUGCUACCCACUGCGCCACCGCGUCGCCUGAUAACAAUUUAAUGAACUUUAGUUUUUUCAAGUUGAUGAACAAUAAUAA